AUGGGAUUCAACUGUACACUGUGUGGACUUGGUCCACGGGUGACCGUGUUCGUCAUAGGCACGAUCACGCUGGUAUUCGCCUUGCUAAUGGCUGGGUUAGCUACGACAGCAAUACUGGCGUACAACUGUGAGAUCGACAUGACAGAGUCGCGGGAAACGUACGGUCUCUAUUUGUUUUACUUCCGCUCUGCUGAGUGUGGUCCCGUUAAUCUUCGAUAUCUGGGCAUUAACGUCAACGUUACUAUUCCCUUCCCGGACACGACCGAUGCGGUUGAGCGAACGUUUGUGUUUGCCAUCGUAUCUGCAGCACUGCAUGGCGCUUUGGCCGUUACGACGGUACUAUUGUUCGGCACAAUGUGCGUGUCAUGCUUGGGUCGCGGUUGCGUAGUAGUUGGAUUCUAUCCCUGGAUUCUCGCUAUGUUCCUUGUCCUUGCGCUGGAUGUUACCGGAUUCGUAACCUAUUUGAUCGAUUUCAUCAAUGUCAUGAAUGUUGAUGGGGUAAUAGACCUGCUGGAACUGGAUAACAACAAUAUCACACGCCAGGUAUUGGGCCAAGUAGACGACAUCUACUUUAUCGCACCGUCCCUCUUCAUGUGGCUUGCAUUUAGCAAAGCCGUACUGUUUUGGUUCAUGUUUCUCGUUUUCCUGGCCGUCAUCAUCAGUCUCUCGAUGACGCUGUGGAAAGAAAACAAACCGGCCCCAUCGUACAAUGAAUCGAUGCAACCACGGCAAGUGAUGCACCCUACAAGCCCACCGGACCUAGAGGAGCCUUACCACGCCGCAGCGCGUUACUUCGAUCAAGCUCCCCAGCAACAGUUGCCUCCGGUACAUCAGCAAGCGCACGAACAUUUGCCACCGAUAUAUCCACCGAUGCCACCCCCCAAUCAGCUACAGUUGCCACAUUCCGAUCCGAACGUACGACGCACGAUGGAACCGUUGAAUGAUGCCUACGAUAAUGGCAGCUUCCGGGAGGAUAGUCUACCGUAUCUUCCAGCUCCGGCACAAGAACCGAUGCCGCUCCAGGUGAAGCAAACAGUUGACCCAUACACGGACAAACGCUUCUCGUAUCUACCGGGACAGCCGGCACCAUUCUCGUACCUUGCCGGCCCACCAUCGGGCAACAGUCCGCGAAGCUCGGUAACGGCUCCACCGGAAGUGCGCAAUCAACUACCCUGGUCAUACUUCCCCGCAACGGACGAGAAGAAAGCGGUCAGCAAACGAUUUACGUCCACGCUAACGGAGGAGAAAGAAUUCCCCGGCGAGGAGAAACAACUUCCAACGCUUAAGUCCGGUGCAUUCCCUGACGAUCGAUCCAGCGUGACAACGGAUGAAGGAAAGUGGAGUGGACCUGAGUACAAAUACUAG